CAUAGAAGGCUUCUCCGUCUUGUGGGCACAUUCUAUGCACAUUGUGCUUAUCCAUCCUUAACUGAGCACCGUCCUUGUACUCUGCUAAACUGCAAGUAUGAAGCAGCUACUGGGCAGGUCUGUACUUUACACAUUUACUCUGUUGCUAGUAGCUGUUCAGGGGACUCAUUACAGGAUGUACGGAUACCCACCCCAGAGAGGGUACAUCUACCCUCCCAUCAUGCACUCCAGUGCAAUACGGCCAAUUUCCAGACCAGGAGUUUUAGCCAGCCCACCCCACACAGGCAAUAUCCGAAACAAGCCAGAAACAAGGACUCUACAACUGAACAAGCCUACAGAAACUGCUUGCAAGAGUCGCCCCAUGGACCUAGUUUUUAUUAUUGAUAGUUCUCGUAGUGUCCGUCCUCAAGAGUUUGAGAAAGUCAAGAUCUUCUUGUCAGACAUGAUUGACACCUUAAACACAGGCGAAACUGCCACGCGGGUGGCGGUAGUAAACUAUGCCAGCACUGUGAAAAUAGAAUUUUUUCUCAAGACCUACUUUAAUAAAGUUGCAUUGAAGCACGCUAUCUUUAAAAUCAGUCCACUGUCUACUGGUACCAUGACUGGGCUGGCUAUUCAGACUGCUCUAGAGGAGGCUUUCACUGUAGAGUCAGGUGCCCGUCAUAUAUCAUUCAAUAUUCCAAAGGUGGCAAUCAUUGUCACAGAUGGCAGACCUCAAGACAGGGUCCAUGAAGUCUCUGCCAGAGCACGGUCCUCCGGAAUAGAAAUUUAUGCUGUUGGUGUGGAUCGAGCUGAUAUGCAGUCUCUGAAGCUGAUGGCCAGCGAGCCACUGGAUGAUCAUGUUUUUUAUGUAGAAACGUAUGGUGUCAUUGAAAAGCUUACUUCUAAAUUCAGGGAAACACUUUGUGGUUUGGACUUGUGUGCACUGGGAAAACAUGAUUGUGAGCAUACUUGUGUGGCAAAUUCCAGAUCUUACUUCUGUCAAUGUCAUGAUGGAUACACCUUGAACCAAGACAAGAAAACUUGUGCCCGUUUGGACUUGUGCGCCCUGGAAAAACAUGACUGUGAGCAUACCUGUGUGCCAACCCUAGGGUCGUAUUACUGUUCAUGUCAUGAAGGAUAUACAGUGAACCCAGACAAGAAGACUUGUACACAGGAAGCUCGGCGGGUUGUUCAGACAGAAGAUCCAUGCAAAUGUGAAGCUCUUGUUGUUUUCCAGACAAAAACCAAUGCAUACAUUGAGUCGCUAUCUACCAAACUAGAUGAGCUCACCGAAAAAUUACAGGCUUAUGAACAAAGACGUGUUAAUUGAACAAUGGUGCUUUGGAUAUGGACAAUAUCUUGACUUUGUGCAAUAAGGAUUUGGAAGUGUUUGUGCUAUAUUGUUACUCUCUGCGUUUCAGAUGACAAAAAUAACCACACUGAAAGGAAUAUGGAUUAUGUAACAAUUCUUAAAUGAAAAUAAAUUUGAUGUCACUUAUAUUACAUUUUACAGUUGUUUGCAGAAUAUGAUAAAACAAUCAAAUUUUGCAUUAUUUUGUAAAAAACAAUAAACAACAUUGUUUGCUAGAGAAAGCUGUAACAUUUACCUGUCACUGUGUCCCCAGAAGAUAGAUUUUAUAAAAAUGCUUAAUAAUAAUUAUAAUUUUGAAACAUAGCCUUACUAGAAAAAAAAAUCAAUGAAAUAAAUAUGAUCAACAGGGUAUCUCAGAUUUCCAUGAAAAAAAAAGACUUUAAGGGAUAUUAAACUGCUGUGAAACUACAAAAGAAUAGAAGCUACUCACUAUAUUGUUGCAUUUCAUCCUGUUCCUGUAGCUCUUUUCAAAUCAGUUCUCCUGUUUUUAAUAGUUUAAAGGUGCCAGAUACUGAAGCUCUGCCUCUUCAUACUGGGCACCGCCAUCUUGGAGCUUAAGUAUUCUUACGCAUUAAAAAUAAAAAUUAAAAGUAUA